UGUCGUCUAACAGUGAAAAUAACGGGCACAUUCCAGUUGAGAAACUGGAUGGCUUGGCAAACUAUUCAAAUUGGAAAUUUGCCAUGAAGAUGCUACUAACGCUGGAUGGUCUAUGGGGCUGUGUGGAAGGUACGGACACCAAUGCGACCCACGAAAGCCGCGCUUUAGCUAAGAUAUGUUUAACGAUCAAGCCUGCACUGUACCAGUACGUGCGAGAUGCCACGUCGGCAAAGGAUGCCUGGAAGAAACUCGCCGAUGCCUUCGAGUCCAAGGGCCUAUACCGAAAAGUGCUCUUGCUACGUCAACUGCAUAAAAUAGAAUACAACCAGUACAGCAGCAUGUCGGAAUAUCUCGAGGCGGUGAUGCGGCUCGUUCAACAGCUCGAUGAUAUAGGCAAGAAGAUAGACGAUGAUGAGGUAGCGGAGAUCCUGUUGAGUGGUUUACCGCAGGAAUUUGACAACCUGGUGUCGGGUCUGGAAACCGCCUGUCUUACAAGCAAACUCACGGUGGAGCUUGUGCGUGCCAGAUUGCUACAAGAAGAACACCGGAGAAGUGCGAGUGACCAGGAGGGUGUGAAGGCCUACCUAGGAAGCAAGAAGAAGAAGUCAUCGCCUAUGUUUUGCCAGUUCUGCAAGAAGAGCGGACACACUAUCAAGCGUUGCUUUAAGCGCAAGAAGGAGCUGAAGAACAAUGAAGAGAAUCACACUAUGCUUGCAUCAGCCAUGGUAUGCAGCGGCAGCAGCUGCCAUGAUUUUGUCGUGGAUUCCGGAGCGUCCCAACAUAUGGUUGCUAAUAAGGAGCUACUAGAAGAACCUAGAGAAAGAAGACACCAUCAGUGGUAGUUGCGAGCCGUGCUUGACAGGCAAGAUGGUGCGAGCACCGUAUCCUGCUGUCAGCACGAAGCGCACUACCCAACCACUUGAACUCAUCCAUUCAGAUGUGGCCGGACCGAUGCAAGUCGAAACAUGGGGUGGAGCUCGUUACCUUUUGACCUUCACAGAUGACCAUACCCGGAAAACGUGGGGCUACCUUAUGAAGCAUAAAUCAGAGUUUCAGAUGCAGAGACCCUGACGCAACCGGCGUGGUCACCGCUCUCUGAGCACUACUGUACGGGCGAUGAAGGUGCAAGUGACAGUACCGGUGAUGAAGAUUGCGUCCCAAGGGGCGCUUUGUCUUCUCUGCCGGAGUCAUCAUUUGAUGAUCAUGACGACGGUGAUGAAGUGGGUGCUCCAAGGGGUCCCGUGUCUUCUCUGCCGGAGUCUGCACCAAGUGAGCCGACGCUGCCGGCUGUUUCCGACACGUCUCGUUCACGUCCCGUACGUAAAACACGAGGUAAUAUGCCACAGCAUCUCAGAGACUAUGAUUUAUCUAUGAUAGCGGAAGGAUAUUCGCCAGAUGAGCCUGCAUCAUACCGCGAAGCCAUGCAAUCUUCUGAAAAGGAAGACUGGCAGCAGGCAAUGCAGUGUGAGUAUGACUCUUUAAUUAAAAACAAGGUAUGGGUCUUAGUAGACAGACCUGCAGAUGAAAACAUCGUCAAGUGUAAGUGGGUUUACAAAAAGAAACUCGACACCUCAGGUAAGCCUGCCAAAUUUAAAGCUAGGUUGGUUGCCCGUGGGUUUAGCCAAGUAGAGGGCAUUGACUAUACGGACACCUUUGCACCUGUAGUGAGGCAUAGCACACUGAGAAUAUUGUUUUCUAUUGCUACUGAAUUAAACUUACAAAUAGACCAUAUCGAUGUUACAACUGCAUUUUUAAAUGGGGAAUUAAACGAAAAGAUUUAUAUGGAGCAGCCUUUAGGCUUUAAAAACUGUGAUAAGGUUUGUUUGCUUAAGAAGAGCUUAUACGGCCUUAAGCAAGCAAGCCGAAUGUGGAAUAUCAAAAUACAUGAUUUCUUAGCACUAAAUAAUUUUACUCAGAGCAAAUGUGAGCCAUGUAUUUAUACAAAGAAGACAAAGACUGAAUAUAUUAUUAUUGCAUUGUAUGUUGAUGAUUUUUAUGUAUUUCACAAUAAUUGUAUUAAUAAUAUUUUACAACUUUUACAAAAUAAUUUUGAAGUCCGUCAUUUGGGCAAAUUGAAUAAUUGUCU